AUUCUUUCUUGCGGCUCAAGCAUUUUGAAGACCUCGACCGCCUUUACACGUCGCUGACAGUUUGGAAGACCGAAAAUGGCUCACGACAACGUAGACGAACUUUUUGAGAUCAGGACAGCUUUCUUUACUGGAGAUUAUCAGCACUGUAUCAAUGAGUCACACAAAUUAAAGUCUUCAAACCAGGAGACAAAGAUCCAGCGAGAUGUGCUGAUGUACCGUGCCUACUUGUCGCAGAAGAAAUAUGGAGUAUGUUUGGAUGAAAUCAGCUCUGCUAGUCCAGAUGAGCUUCAGGCAGUCAGGAUGUAUGCUGACUACCUUUCAAAUGAAUCAAAACGAGAUUCACUGGUGCGUGAUCUUGAUUCAAAGAUGAGCGGAAGCUUUGAUGUCAGCAACAGUACCUUUCUGGUGAUGGCUGCCUCUAUAUACUACCAUGAACAGAAUUAUGAUUCUGCCCUUCGUACACUUCACCAGUCAGACAACUUGGAAUGCCUGGCACUAACAAUACAAAUUCUUCUGAAGCUGGACCGGGUAGAUCUAGCAAGAAAAGAACUCAAAAGAAUGCAGGAAGUUGAUGAAGAUAGUGUGUUGUUCCAGCUAGCACAAGCUUGGUUCAAUUUAGCUGUUGGAGGUGAGAAAUUCCAGGACGCAUACUACAUAUUCCAAGAGCUAGCUGACAAGCACUCUCCUACCCCACUCUUACUCAACGGUCAGGCAGCGUCCUACAUGGGGCAGAGCAAGUUUGAUGAUGCAGAGUCAGUACUCCAGGAGGCUAUAGAUAGGGAUUCCAAUAAUGCUGAGACGCUUGUGAACAUGAUUAUAUUGUCACAACACCUGGGCAAAGCUCCGGAGGUAAGCAACAGAUACAUUUCCCAGCUGAAGGAUUCCAAUCGAAGUCAUCCCUUUGUUAAAGAUUAUCUACACAAGGAAAGUGAAUUUGAAAGAAUAUCAAGGAAUUACUCAGCAACUGUUGCGUCCUAGCCACUUUUGGUGACUUGUUAAUUAGAGAAAGGAAUACAUGGGAGCAACUUAACAAAUAUUGAGGAGCAAAUAUCCAAAUCCAAAGUGCAGCACAUUGAAGAUUCUCAAAUGAACGACUAAAAAGAAAUUGAUCUAUUUGGAGAUACUUAGUUUCCAGUUUAGAUAUGUCUGUUUCUGUGAGAUGAGGAGUUGAUGAACUGGGCCUUUUAUAUCAAUUUUAAAGCAUGUUGGUCGACUGUUAAAUUCUCUCAGUAAUGUCAGACUUUGGCAUAAAGUUCUAAACAGGCAAAAUAAACGACUUCCCUGUAUCAUUUAGACUGAGGAGAAUGGGUUUGUGAAGUGGUGGAUAAUGAGGACGGAUUAUAAUAGUCAUGUUGUUGGACAACAGAUAUUUCAUUAGAACACUGUCAUUGUGUAUAAUAUUAUAAUGUUGUAUUCAUUAAAUAUGUGAUGACCAUAA